GGAAGCGCCCGGGUGAGGCGUAAACAAGGCCGUCGAGAGCGAGCGGCCGCGGCGCUUCCAUCUUGGGGGAGCCGGAGCGCGCCGCGCAGUAUGGGCGGCGUCCUGGGGCUCUGCUCCGUGGCGAGCUGGAUACCAUGUCUCUGUGGAAGUGCCCCAUGCCUGCUCUGCCGAUGCUGCCCCAGUGGAAACAACUCCACCAUAACGAGGCUGAUUUAUGCAUUCUUUUUACUUCUUGGUGUGAGUGUUGCCUGUGUGAUGUUAAUACCAGGAAUGGAAGAGCAGCUGAAGAAGAUUCCUGGAUUUUGUGAUGGAGGGAUCGGAACAACUAUCCCCGGUGUGCAUGGCCAUGUAAAUUGUGAUGUAUUAGUCGGUUACAAAGCAGUGUACCGUGUGUGCUUUGGUAUGGCCAUGUUCUUUCUUCUCUUCUCCUUAUUGAUGAUCAAAGUGAAGAGCAGCAAUGACCCAAGAGCAGCGGUACACAAUGGAUUCUGGUUCUUUAAAUUUGCAACAGCACUAGCAAUUAGUGUUGGAGCCUUCUUCAUCCCAGAGGGACCUUUUACUACUGUAUGGUUUUAUGUAGGCAUGGCUGGAGCAUUCUGCUUUAUUCUUAUCCAGCUGGUCUUGCUUAUUGACUUUGCUCACUCCUGGAAUGAAUCUUGGGUUGAAAAAAUGGAGGAAGGAAACUCAAGAUGCUGGUAUGCAGCUCUGCUGUCAGCUACAGCUGUCAAUUAUCUGCUGUCUCUUGUAGCUAUUGUAUUGUUUUAUGUUUAUUACACUCAUCCAGAAGAUUGUUCUGAAAACAAGGCAUUCAUCAGUGUCAAUAUGCUGCUGUGUAUUGGUGCCUCUGUAAUGUCAAUUCUGCCAAAGAUUCAGGAAUCUCAGCCAAGAUCUGGUUUGCUGCAGUCUUCUGUGAUCACAAUUUAUACAAUGUAUUUGACUUGGUCAGCUAUGACCAAUGAACCAGAUAGGCGCUGUAACCCAAGUUUGCUGAGCAUCAUUGGUUACAACACCACCACUAUUCCAACCCAAGGUCAGAUAGUUCAGUGGUGGGAUGCCCAAGGAAUUGUAGGACUGAUUUUGUUCCUGUUGUGUGUUCUGUAUUCGAGCAUCCGAACAUCCAAUAACAGCCAGGUGAACAAGCUGAUGCUGACCAGUGAUGAAUCAACACUGAUAGAGGAUGGCAUGCCCAGAAGUGAUGGCUCCCUUGAUGAUGGAGAUGAUGUCCACCGAGCCAUAGAUAAUGAAAGAGAUGGGGUUACUUACAGUUACUCAUUUUUUCAUUUCAUGCUUUUCCUGGCAUCACUGUAUAUCAUGAUGACACUUACCAACUGGUACAGUCCGGAUUCUUCUUACGAGACUAUGACCAGCAAAUGGCCAUCUGUCUGGGUGAAGAUAUCUUCCAGCUGGAUUGGCAUCGUGCUGUAUGUGUGGACUCUGGUUGCCCCACUGGUUCUAACAAAUCGUGACUUUGACUAGGCUGCACUGCUCUCCAGAUUGUAUUUGGGUCACCUUGUCUUUGAAAUGAACAGUACUCCAGACUAUUGUGUAGUUGUAAAUACAUGUGUGCAUGUGUGUGUGUGCGCUAUCCAUGUUGUAUGCCCUGCUUUAUUCUGCAUGAUUACCUUGAAUCAUGUGUUCUUGUCCUUUCACUAAAUGACUCUUUCUAGCUGAGCUCAGUGACAAUUGCUGCGAUGAUGGUUUUCAUAGAAUUACUCCUAGAUUUUUGUGCUUUGGGAGCAUUAGAUAUAAAAUCAAGACUUUUGGAAGUAGCUUCCCUACCCCAUCCCCGAUUGUAUUAAAUACUAAAAACCCACAUGGUGUAAUAUAACAAAACAGUAUUAGAGCAGACAUUGCAAGUGAAGGAGGAGCUGCCUUUGAUAAUCCCUGUUGCCUUGAUUUUUAUGUCUUGUACAAGCAUUGUUAAGACUCAGAACUGCAUGUUAGAGUUUACUGGAGACUUUGCAUUAUUUUGGCACUUAAAAGCCUGACUUUUUCUGUACUGAGGGCAAUAAUACCUUUGGCACAAAUAUUAUAUGGGGGAAACUUGCACCUAACUUUGGAAAGAAGAUAAUGUCCUUGGUGCUAUUGGGUCUGAUGUGCCCUACUGCAGACAGAAGGACACCUUGGAAAACAAGCAAUUCCUGGUAUCAUGGUCAGAAGCAUGUUUUAAGGCACCGGUUUACAAUAUGCAUCUUUUUUUUUUUAUAUAUAUAUAGCUUAGAUAGGCUAGUGCUGCUGUAAUUUAUUGCUGUUUGGUGUGCUUUUUUUUUUUUUUUUUUUUUUUUUUUUGGCUAUCUUAAAGGAGGUGAAUGGUGAAAACUGUAGGCCCUUCAGAGGAAAAUUUGAGGGGUAGUAUGGUAUUAAAAAAAAACAGAAAAGGAGCACUGAGAUUGUAGUAAGUAAAGGAGGCUUGCAGUAAAUCUUCAGCAAAAGUGUUUCUUAAUACAUGGGGGCUCUAAAAUUAGUUGUUUUAAUGCAUUAGAUAUUUUGCUUGCCAUCCUUGGCAAGUCCAUUGCCAGAUAUGGACUUGGGCCUACAAAGUUUAAUUCUAGGCAUGAAAUAUAUUAGAUCUGUUUUUUUGUUUUUUAAAAAAAAGUAUAGGUCCAUGCAGUUACAAAAUCUUAAAUGCUUUUGUGCUUGCUGCUUUGUAAUUGAAGUAUGUAAGCUGUAUAUUUAUAUAUUUGUUACUUGCUACAUCUUGAGACUUUAGCAGUCUGAUUGGGAGUGACUAGAACCUUCAGCAGUUGUCGUCAUGAUCUGUUACUGUGGUGUUUAUACUAUUACUUCAUGUUGCUAAUUCUGUAAGCUUUUAUUUUAAACCUGCUCCUAGACACUGACUGUUACUGGUCUGACAUGUCAGUCAAAAUGAAAAUGGUAAUGAAACAAUUAGUGAAGAUGUUUAGUAAUUCUUAACAUGUUACUACCUAUUAAUAAAUAAAUUUGAAUGAA